AUGGAGUUACUAGCGCACGCGUGUAACUUCACGUCGUCGUCGUCGUCACCACCAUCCUUCUUCUCGUCCGCUCCCGGCGCAACCCCGUGCACUCCGGGCACCUCCCCCGUCACGUCGCACCCGGACGCCGAUCCGCGCGGCGUCGACCCGAACAUGACCACGGUCCCGGGCUCGAACCUCACGGGCCCUCCUCUUCACCCGCUGCCCCUGCUGCCCACGUUCAGCGCCGCUGCUCGGGUGCGUGUGUGCGUAACGCUCAUCCUGCUGCUCGCGUCGGCGACUCUCAACGGCAUGGUGCUGCGCUCGGCGUGCCUCGACAGGCGAACGCGAAGUCGCCGCCAGCGCGGAUCGCACGUGCGCCUGCUCAUGCUCCACCUGAGCGCGGCCGAUCUCCUCUUCACUCUCCUCGUGAUGCCUCUGGACGCCGCGUGGAACGUCACUCUGGAGUGGCGUGCCGGCGACGCCGCCUGCCGCCUGCUCAUGUUCCUCAAGCUGUUCGCGAUGUACGCGAGCGCAUUCGUGACGGCCGUCAUCAGCUUGGACCGCUACUCGGCCGUGGUCAACCCGCUCGCGUUUGGCCAGGCGAAGAGACGCAGCCGCGUGACGCUCUGCCUGGCGUGGGCUCUGAGCGCCGUGCUCGCACUCCCGCAGCUGGUCCUGUUCCGCGUUGUGCAGACGUCCCGGCCGGGCCCGCAGUUCACGCAGUGCGCGACGCACGGCAGCUUCCCGCAACGCUGGCAGGGAAGCCUCUACUUUAUGUUCACCUUCGCCUGCCUCUUCCUGCUGCCCCUGCUCAUCAUGGUCUUCUGCUACGCGCGCAUCCUCCUGGAGAUCGUGCGGCGAGGCAGGGAGAGGGAUGGGGUGGCGCACGACGCCAAGGGGGUCACCUUGCGCUGCUCCUCCAACAACAUCCCGCGAGCGCGUCUGCGCACCGUCAAGAUGACGGCCGCGAUCGUGGGCUCAUUCCUCGUCUGCUGGACUCCGUACUACCUGGUGGGCAUCUGGUACUGGUUCUGGCCCGCGGCGCUCGACCAGGGCACCUUGCCCGAGUACAUCAACCACAUCGUCUUCCUCUUCGGCCUCCUCAACGCAUGCCUGGACCCGCUGGUGUACGGCCUGUUCAGCGGCCAGUGGCACGGCACGCUCUGCUACCGCUUCUGCUGCUGCUACUGCUGUUGCUGGUGGUCAUCCUCGUCAUCGACGCGCCACCGCCGUCGUUCCGGAACGACCACCGGAGCGACGACCUCCAGUCGCGGCACGAUGGCGAGCAGCGAGCUCGAGCCGCAGCCAACGCUGGCCACGGCCUCGGUCGACCUCUCCGCGCAGCUGCAGCGGCAGGGGUGUCCCCCCGUUCAAUGA